ACUUUGUAUCACAAAGGACAAAGAUUGGGUUUUCUUGAAAUAGCAAAAGGUGAAACCUCAAAGGGACCAUUUAUUUUUCCCUACUUGUUCAUUCUUUUGAAGAGAGAAGAAGAAGAAGAACAACCACUUCACCACUCAACUCAAACUCAAACUCAUCCUCUAAUCAACUCAGUUAAAAAUCAAAAAGAAGAAAGAUAAACCAACUUGCUUCUUCUUUCUUGUGGUUAAUUGGUUUCCCACCAUCAACAACAACUACACUUUUUUUUAUUUAUUUAUAAUUAUUUUUUGAGAGUGUAAAAAUGAAAUCUUGAUGUCUGUUUUGUGUCUGACCAUGACUGAGUCUGGUGAAAGUGGGUCAUGUUUUAUUGUGGCCCCUACAACUCUCUCCCACUUGCUUCUUCUUUGCUGUCUUCUUACCUUCUCCUUAGCUACCUUUUAAUGUUUAUGUUUUCUCUUCAAAUUCUCUUCUCUGUCUCUUCUAUUUUUGUUCAUUAUUCUCUUCCUUCCAUCUAAAGAUCCAUUCAUUUAUUCUUGUUUCCUUAAAGUGUUUUUUUUUUUUGCUACAUAAAAAGCUUGAUUCUGUUUCUGUGUCUGCUCUGUAGUAGUCUGCUUCAUUUCAAUUCAACAAACCAUCUUCAUCACCUUCUAAAGUUUGUUCCUUUAUAACGUUUUCUAUGCUUUUUUCUUUGAUUUUUUUGUUUUGGUUUCUGGGUUUAUGAGCUUUUUGCCAAAAAGGGUUUAUUUCUUUGACUAUUUUGUAGCUACUAAUACUAUUGUUCUGAUACUGAGAUUCUUCAUGCUUGGUCUAAGAACACUAUGGAGAGGUUUUCACUUCUUUAACAUUCAGUACUGUUACAACAAGGUGAAAAGUUAUGAAGAACAUUCUUAAGAAGCUUCAUAUAAUGUCUAAUCAAUCAGAAGAUGUACAAGGGUCUGCUGCAGAAAGGAACAACAAGUCCAAUGAUGGUUCAUCUUCAUCGCCUACUACUCGAAAAAAGCUUUCGAAUUGGUUGCAUUCAGUUUCUUCUAAUAGGCAAAGUCCUUGCAGUCCUCCAUCUCCAAGCCUAAGAGGAGAAAGAUUGGAGCUUUCUGAUUCAGUGAGCUGUGGUGGUGGUGGUUUGGAGAUUGUUUCUGAUUCAGCGAAUCGUGAUUCGGGGUCUAGCACUUCGAGGGAUCCUGAAGUGGAAGAAGAAUAUCAGAUUCAACUUGCUUUAGAGCUUAGUGCAAAGGAGGAUCCUGAGGCUGUACAGAUUGAAGCUGUUAAGCAGAUAAGUUUGGGAUCUUGUGAUCCUGAUAAUACACCAGCUGAAGUUGUGGCAUACAGAUACUGGAAUUACAAUGCUCUUGGUUAUGAUGACAAGAUCUCAGAUGGUUUCUAUGAUCUGUAUGGUGUCUUAACCGAGUCGAUGUCUUCAAGAAUGCCUUCUCUGGUAGAUCUGCAAGGAACACCGACCUCAAAUUAUAUAAAAUGGGAAGCAGUCUUGGUCAAUAGGAUUCUUGAUUCCAAUUUGUCGAAACUUGAGCAAAAGGCCCUGGAGCUGGCAGUAAAGUCAAGGGAAGAUUCUGAAAUAGUUGUAGACAGAAACUUGGUGCACAAGAUUGCAAUAUUAGUGGCUGAAUAUAUGGGUGGAUCAGUUGAAGAUCCUGAAAGCAUGACAAGAGCAUGGAGGAGUCUUAGUUAUAGUCUAAAAGCAACCCUUGGUAGCAUGGUUUUGCCUCUUGGAUCACUCACUAUUGGAUUGGCUCGGCAUCGUGCAUUGUUAUUUAAGGUGUUAUCUGAUAGUUUGGGCAUCCCAUGUCGGUUGGUGAAAGGAAUGCAAUAUACAGGUUCCGAUGAUGUGGCAAUGAACUUUGUCAAGAUGGAUGAGGGAAGGGAGUACAUUGUUGACCUCAUGGCAGCUCCUGGGACACUUAUUCCGUCUGAUGCAACUGGAUCACAUAUCGAGUACGAUGAUUCUUCUUUUGUAGCCAGUCCUUCAUCAAGAGACUUUGAUUCAUCUCACAUUGCAUCGUUCAGCAGCGGCGUUGGAAGUUCAUCCGAAGGAACUUCAGAGUUUGGGACUUUUGAUAAAAAAUAAUUGAAUGAGUUCAAAAAUAUCCCUAACGUAGAGAAGAUCAAGGCAAGGGAAUCUGUUAGCAGACCUAAUAAUUAUCCAUACACGCAUGGAAGAUCUCCUUCUUGGACAGAAGGGAUCAGUUCCCCUGCAGCACACAGAAUGAAAGUCAAAGAUGUUUCUCAAUAUAUGAUUGAUGCUGCCAAGGAGAAUCCUAACUUGGCUCAAAAACUUCAUGAUGUUCUACUUGAAAGUGGCGUUGUUGCUCCUCCAAACUUGUUUUCUGAAAUCUAUCAUGAUCAGUUAGGUUCCCAAACUGAGGCCAAUUCUUCAACUGAAGAAAAGGAUGAAUAUAAACAGCCAAGUCUGCAACAAGAAGCUAAGGUUGGUGAUUAUCUCAGUCCUCCUCGUUUUUUGCCUCCAUUGCCUCCUCAAAGAACGCAUACCAAAGCAAGUUCUAGCAGUCAGAUUGAGCAUUCUAAGCCCGUAGAAAGUUUGGGAAUUGGCCCAUCUCCUGAUACAAGGGAAGCUUCUGGAUAUCACAUACAAUCCGAAGCAGAAGCAACUCAGGUAAAGUACGGGAAAAAUGUACCGGUGGCUGCUGCUGCAGCUGCCGCGGCUGCUGUUGUUGCAUCUUCUAUGGUAGUUGCUGUGGCAAAGUCAAGCACUGACUCAAAUAUUGAGAUUCCUGUAGCGGCAGCUGCUGCAGCUGUUGUAGCAACCACUGCUGCCGUCAGUAAACAGUAUGAGCAGGGAAGUCGAAGUGAUGGAGAUACUGAGGGUGCUAGUUGUGAGCCAAAAGGUAGUGGUGACGGAGAGAAUAAUGCUUCAGAAGGAGAGCAAAAAUCUGAUAGAUCGGUAAGUAAUGAUAGCACAAAAUCUGAUUCUGCACUAGAUGAUGUUGCUGAAUAUGACAUUCCAUGGGAGGAAAUCGCGAUGGGUGAACGUAUCGGACUUGGAUCAUAUGGAGAAGUGUAUCGUGGUGAAUGGCAUGGAACUGAAGUUGCUGUAAAGAGGUUUCUGCAUCAAGAUAUCUCUGGUGAAUCACUUGAAGAAUUCAAAAGUGAGAUCCAAAUAAUGAGAAGACUGAGGCAUCCAAAUGUUGUUCUCUUCAUGGGAGCUAUAACUCGACCUCCAAAUCUUUCAAUUGUUACUGAAUUUCUUCCUAGAGGGAGUUUGUAUAGAUUAAUUCACCGACCUAACAAUCAAUUAGAUGAGCGAAGGCGGUUGAGGAUGGCCCUGGAUGCUGCUCGAGGAAUGAACUAUUUGCACAACUGCACUCCAGUGAUAGUGCAUCGUGAUUUGAAGUCCCCAAAUCUUCUUGUUGACAAAAACUGGGUUGUAAAGGUAUGCGAUUUCGGUUUAUCUCGAAUGAAGUACAGCACAUUCCUUUCUUCUAGAUCAACUGCGGGAACAGCUGAGUGGAUGGCUCCAGAAGUGUUGAGAAAUGAACUUUCAGAUGAAAAGUGUGAUGUCUUUAGCUAUGGGGUGAUAUUAUGGGAGCUCUCUACUCUUCGGCAACCGUGGGGAGGAAUGAAUCCAAUGCAAGUUGUUGGUGCUGUCGGUUUCCAGCAUCGCCGUCUUGAUAUUCCAGAUAAUGUUGACCCUGCCAUUGCAAAUAUUAUUCGACAGUGUUGGCAGACAGAUCCUAAGUUGAGACCUACUUUUGCUGAAAUAAUGGCGGCACUGAAGCCAUUGCAGAAGCCAAUUACCAGUUCUCAAGUGCACCGUGCAAGUGCUCAAUCAUCACGACAUGCUGAAGAUCCAGCAGCAUAGGAGACAAUUAUACAGCUAACGAAACUUUUUCAUUUUACUGCUAAAAAAUGUGAGGGCAAUUUGUAAAUUAUUUUCUAUUACUGAUCGGUUCAAGACCUAUCAGCUAACGUUCAUUCUUAUUCAAGGUUUUCGCUCCUGCGUUUUUCUUUUCUGUUUGUUUCCUUUCUCUUCUGUAAUUUACAACGCAACCAUUGUUAGGUUGUUCCAUUCUGUUUGUACAAAAUUCUUUGGCAAAUGUUGUAAUCAGCAUCUAAAUUUUGUUGUCCAUAAAUAGUUAUUAAAAGUUGCAGUUGUAACUUAAACAGAAGAAAGGAUUAAAUGUAAGUGAAAAUUGCUUGCUUGCUGUAUUUAGUGAACAUACAAAUUUAGUGUGUUCAGUUUCUUUGUGCUGGCAGUUCUGUAACACUGGUGGCACAUUAAUGAAUUAUACCCAGUUCUCCUGUUUUA